AUGUUCUACGGUUCUUCCUCUGGGGCCAGUAUGUCCCUCCCAUCCAAGAGCCGCCUGAAACGCCAGAGCAGGACCUUCACACAGGUCCUGUACCGAACUCUGAGCUACAGAGACCGUGUCCCAGCAGAAACUGGAACCAACACCCGUGGGGACCGUCGCUCCACCACUGAGCCCCCAGAGAGGCCAGCGGAUGACCCUGCCGAACUCUCCACGCAGAGCUCGGCCCCCGGGGUGCUGAAGAUUUUUGGAGAUGAAAUCUGUGCAGGUGCCAACUACAAGAGCGUCCUGGCCACGCCGCGCUCCAGCGCCCAGGAGCUGGUGAAGGAGGCACUCGAGCGUUACUCGCUCAACAAGGAUGCUGCCCACUGCUACGUCCUGUGCGAUGUGAUCGGGCGUUUGGAGGGGGGAGGCGGGAUCGGAGGAGGGGGGUGGCGGACUGAGUGCCUGCGAGCGCUGGGGGACAACGAAAAGCCGCUGUUGCUCCAGGAGCUGUGGAAGCCCCGAGAAGGACACGCUCGCAGAUUUGAGCUGCGCAGGAGGGCAGAGGUGGAGGAACUCAACGCCAAGGAGAAGGACACCAUCACUGCUGGGCCUAAAACCCCCCAAUUCCUGGCGGCUCUAAUGGGUCGGUCCGGGCUGGGCAAACACAGGAGCUCCCCCCUGCGGUGCGGUCGAGUGGUACAGUCCAGCUCUAAAGAUAUUAAUGCCCAGGCUCGUAAGCUCCAGAGGAACAGGGCGAAGGGGACGCUGACCCUGCCCCGUUCCAGCAACUCAUCCUUCAGUCGCAGCCUCAGUGAGACCAGCCUCAACCAGCUUGGAGUGGGAGAGGAGCCCAAGCGUUAUUACUCCACGCUGCCAGGACCUUUCAGGGGUCGAGAACGUGAGGCAGCCUGCAGCGGCCGGAGGAAAGAGGAAGGGAGUCAAGGGGGAGGAGGGGUGAGGCACUCUCUGUACCAGUCCCCUCAUCUCCUGCUGCUACAGGGAUUCAAUCGGCAGGACUGCCUGGUUUACCUGCUGAACAGAGAGCAGCACACAGUCGGUCAGGAGACUCCCUCAGCUCGCCCCAACAUCUGCCUCUUUUCUCCUGACAUCCUGCCUCUCCACUGCCGCCUGCGUCGUGUCCCUGCACCCCGUCGCCACGCCGCCAACAACAACAACAAGGGAGAGGAGCUGCCGGAGAGUCAGCGAUUCUGCGUCGCCGUGGAGCCUGUGCUCAACGCCACAGUUCUGGUGAACUUUUCCCGCUGCGAGCGCUCCACCACACUGCGACACGGUGACCUCCUCUCCUUCGGAGCUCAUUACAUCUUUCUGUACAAGGACCCCACAGGUGCUAAGCCUCUGCCGGCGCAAACCUUGGCACGCCUUCGCACGCUGGGACAGCUUUACGACUCAGGGGUGGAAGAAGGAGAAGGUGGAGCUCAGACUUGUAAGAUGUGUGGCUCGGUGCUGAAGGACAGAACAGCACAGGUGCUGAGCGCUCCAGCGGUCAGACGCAGCUUCAAACCGCACCUGGUGAAACCGCGCAGUGUGGGGACGACAUCAGGAGGGCCGCUAACGCUGUCAGGAGGUGAAGGAGGAGGAAGAGGAGGAGGAGGAGGAGGUCAAAAAAGGAGGCUACAACUGGAGUUUGACCAGGCUCAUGAAGACCAGCUGUUGAACAGGAUUGUGUCUCUGAUAGAACCUGGAGGUGAUGACCAUAAGCUGACACCUGCCUACCUGCUGUGUAUGUGCAUACAACACUCUGCCUCAACCUUCCCUCCCGGGAGUUUUGGAAAACUGCUGCUCAAGAUCGUCCGACGAAUCCAGACCAUCGCAUGGGAGAAGACAAAGGAGCUGGCUCAGAAGCAAGCUCAGCAUCAGGAUCCAGCCUCCCUGUCUCUGCUCAGCAUCUCAGACUUGGUUCCAGACCUGCAGACUAUCUUCUUCUGGAUGUCCAACUCCAUAGAGAUCCUUUACUUUAUACAGCAAAGAGCACCAGCGUACACACACAGCAUAGAGACGCUGCAAGGGUCAAAGGAGUCGUUGCUAUCGGCGACCAUAUCAGCCAAUGAGGAGGCUAUGACUAUCUUGGAAGAAGUGAUCAUGUACACUUUCCAGCAAUGUGUCUACUAUAUCACCAAGGCUCUUUAUGUAGUGUUGCCAGGUUUGUUAGACUGUAAUCCAUUCCCAGUCGACAGCUCUGAGCCGUGCUGGAAAGGAGGUGUCGGGUUUCCUGAACCUGUACGCAGGGUGCUGCAGGUGCUUCAGAGUGCUCAGGAGCUUUUGCACGGUUACCAGGUUCACCCGGAGAUCCAGGCUCAGAUGUUUGCCUACCUCUUCUUCUUCUCCAACGUGUCGCUGUUUAACCAGCUAAUGGACAAAGGUCCAUCUCGGGGUUGGUUCCAGCGUUCCAAGGUGCUGCAGAUUCAGGCGUGUCUGCGGAUGGUCAUGGAGUGGGCGAGCAGGUCUGGUCUGGGACAUCUGGCUGACAAAUUCUUCACCAAACUCAACAGCACUGUGUCCAUAUUGGCCACCGCCCCACAACAGCUCACACAGGUGGGUUGGCGAGCAUUGUCUAGUGAACACCCAACUCUGAAACCAGUGCAGCUCCACAGGAUCCUGACUCAGUACCAGAUCACAGCAGAGAUAGGCUCGGUCCCAGCAUGGCAGCCCAGCAGCGAGGACGAGGCGUACAUAUACAGGACAGUCGACCUCCUGGAGAGCUUUGAGAACCACCCUCCCAUUGUGCUGCCCAGCGCCGGCUUCAGAGUGGACCUGGACAGCGAGUGUGUAGAGGACAGCAUCUACAGACAGCUGCUCUACAUCCGCCACUACCUGUGGGGGCUACGCACCAAGACGCAAACGCACACCAACACUCCCAGCGUGCACACACACUCCAAUGGAACCAACACAGCCGACUGGCCCGAUGUUCAGAGGGAGCUGUUACCUCCGGCCCACAGCAGUCCCCGCUCUGGGGGUCCUGGAGACGAAGUGACAACAGAGACGGGAGAGGAGAGAGGACGGGACAGACCCUCAAGCCAAUCACACACUCACAGCCUCAGAAGGAACGGCACUGUUCACCACCCUCGGACAGCGAAUCCGGACCCGUCCUGCCUUCUCACCCCUCCCAACACCCCCCUGUACCCGGAAGGAGGUGGGGUGCCCGGGCCCAUCAUCGGCACCAACAUUCAGACUAACGGCUGCACCAGCAGAACUGUGGCAGAAUGUAAAAAGGCCAACGGACUCAUCACCAAUGGACUGGAGGGGUGUAUUAGUGGGUGUGAGUUUCCUUUCCCUGUAUCCUCCCCUGGCGCCCCUUCCCUUCCUGAUGACUUAUGUGUGGUGUUUGUAGUGGAACUGGACAAGGGACCCUACGGACUGGGAAUGGGACUCAUAGACGGCCUGCACACUCCUCUCAACGCUCCAGGCAUUUACAUCCGCACCCUGAUCCCAGACGGGCCGGCUGCGUCCGACGGCAGACUGAGGAUCGGAGACCGCAUCCUGGCCGUGAACGGGACCAGUCUGAUCGGAGCAGACUACCAGAGCGCGGUGGAUCUGAUUCGUCUGGGAGGAGGUCGCCUGCGUUUCCUGGUCGCCAAGUCAGACCCCGAAGUCUCAGAGAAGAUCAGCGCCUCGUCCUGCUGACCACCUCCACUGCCCAGCAGAGACAGGCCCGACACAAGAACACAACACAGGACUGGAGAGGGAACGGCGAGGGACACAGACGUGUGCAUUGAUAAACAGGGUACACACACCCAUACGUACCUACACCACAUGAAAUAUGAAUGUGAAACCUAACGUCAGCACAGCACAAAGCCAAGCAAUCAAACUGGAGAUGACACUCCAUGACUCCACUCCACAGCUGCCAGACCUGCUUCCCUCAUGCUGGCUCCUACUGGGUUUGUGUAACAGACAGAAUCCGAAACCCACUGCGACAUCAAAGGAAUCCACAGCACGGAAAGUUGCCUAAUUAAUCAGCGCCUGCGUUGUUCAAGGUCUCACCAGCCUGUACGCAGUGUGAUGUGGUUUAAAGCACAGUAGAUUCUCAUCAGUCAACCCUUGGAGCAUGUGUGACUUUUUUUCCCAUCUACAUUUUAGAAUCGUUUGUUAGUAAUUCCAGAUGUAAAUAGCAUGGUGAAAUAGCUACACAGCUCUCAGACAAAGGGACUCA